AAUAGCAAAAUCUCCUCAGGAAAAUAAUUGCAAUAGUUUACUAAUAAUUUGGUAUCAACAGGGACUUCGAUUAAUGGUUUUAAAGGUAACGAAAUGAUUUAAUAUGAUCGAGCUGAAGUUUAAUUGUGAUAAUAUCUAGAAGUUUUUCCAUUAAUUGUAGUAUCUUUAGUGGUUUGUAUUGUUUCAUGUCGAGGAUGAGGAGAAAUAUGUCCAAUGAUUUUUUGUUUCGCUGGACAAAAGGUCAUCUGGUUUGGACAUUGAAGACUCGUACUAAUUAUUUCAAUGCUCAAAGUAAAGUUUUAUAGUUAAAAAACUAAUAACCAACAGUAAUCAACUAAAUCAUCAGCUCCAACAAAUUAAUCACUGUUUAACAAGUAGAGGGAGAAAUAAAUUAACACAAAUUAACGAAGCGAUCAACAUCAAUUGUGACGCUUUCGAAUCGAUAAUUUUUUUCUUCAUUCUUUUCAGUGCCAUUCAACUUUGUCUCACUUACAACAUCAUUAAAACAGUUGAAACAUCGACAAUCAACGAAUUUUCAUCAUCUAAAAGAUAAUCUAACUGUUAAUCUUGUUUCUAAUUGUGAUCAAAUUGGAAGGAGAAAUUAAAAUCCCAUGGAACUAACUAAUUCUGAUUCUGAUUCGCCAAUUGAGCGUUUCUUUAAUGGCAAGAAUUUGUUCAUUACCGGAGUCUCUGGAUUCUGUGGAAGGUUGUUACUUUUCAAGAUUCUCAAUGAGUUAACUGGAAUCGGUAAAAUCUAUGUGAUGAUGAGAUCAAAACGCGGAUCUAAUGCUCGCCAACGAGUUGACCAUCUACUCAAAUCACAGGCAUUUAAAUUUCAUCAAAUUCCCGAUUAUCAGAGAGCCAAAAUUAUCCCCAUUGAAGGUGAUCUAUCGGCAGAAGAUCUACUUUACGAUCAGGAUGAUCGCCGACGAUUAAUUGAAACGGUCGAUAUUGUUUAUCAUAUCGCAGCUUCGGUUAAAUUUGAUGCAAAUUUCAGGUCACAGUUCGAGACCAAUGUCCAAGGAACCGAAAACGUGUUGAAAUUUACUCGACAAAUGAAACAAUGUAAAGUUUACAUUCAUAUAUCAACAGCUUAUUCUAAUUGUCAAUUUGAACGAAUCGAGGAAAAACUUUAUCCAUUAACUGAUGACAUCGAUAAACUAAUUGCUAAAAUCAGAUCGGUUGAUGAUAAAACUUUAGAAUCAAUGAAAGACGAACUUUUUCAAGGUCGACCCAAUAGUUAUGUUUACACCAAAGCGAUGGCCGAACAUGUAGUGGACAAAUAUCGUGGUAACAUGAAAGCCGUUAUAUUGAGACCAGCUAUUGUUUCACCCGCUAUUCGUGACCCAGUUCCAGGUUAUGUUGAUUCUUUUAAUGGGCCAGCGGGUUUUAGUACAGUUUCCACCCUGGGUAUAGCUAAAGUUACUGAUUGGGAGUUCAAUCAUCAGCUUGAUAUAUUUCCAGUUGAUUUUUUGGCCAAUUCAUGUCUCAUCAGUGCUUGGUUAACAACGGCUCGAGAUAUCGAGGAGCUUAAAGUUUACAAUUUAUGCUCCACAACGAUCCGACCAGUCGAUAAUUACACAAUGUUAGCCGACGGUGAACGUAUCAUGAGAUCGUGUCCAUCUUUGUACGUUAUCAGGCCACCGCGAUUACCCCCGAAGACCAAUAACAUGUCCAAUCUUGAAUAUAAGAUUAAAAUAUUUUACAGUCACGUCAUUUUCGCAUUUAUAAUUGACCUCCUUCUAUUCAUAUUUAGACAGCCGCCAAUAAUGAAGAAAAUAGUUGGUCGGAUGCAUUAUGCUCUUGAUUUGAUGAAAUACUUUGCUAAUCGUCAUUGGACAUUCACUUGUGACAAUUAUAUCACGUUAAUUAACAGCUUAAAGGGUAAAGAUAUUACCACUUAUGAUGUUGAUAUAUCAAAACCAAGAACUGAAGAUGUCCUAAUGAAUGUCUGGCUUGGAAUAAGGAGAUAUCUGUUGAAAGAAAACGAUAACACAAUUAGUAUGGCAAGAAUUAAAUAUCGAAUACAACUCUUCCUCUAUCUAAUAUACCAAAUUGCUGUUCUUUAUUAUGGCUGGAAGAUUCUAACCUUAAUACCUUACGUUGGAAUCAUUUUGUUUGCUUUGUUUGCAUAUAUUUCCGAUAAUUUGAUUGACAUUUACAAUUGUACUUUGAUGAUAACAUCCUUAUGAUUCCUUGAUCCACAAAUGACACCAAAUUCUUGUACAACACCAAAAUCAAUCCUCUUCUAUUAUAUUCUCAUGGCUUAUUAACAA